AUGCAGCGCGAUGUGUACGCGUCGCUCAUUAAGAAGCGGCACAAACAAAUGGUCCCGCUGUUGAUCCACCAGGUCUCCGGCGACAUCACCCGUGAGAAUAUUUUUGACGAAGUCUUUCAUGGCUACAAACUUCGUCGGAUUGUUCUGAUGACGCACAUGGCUGCAACACCUGCUACGCUUCCGAGACUCCCGCGUGAUAUCAUUGUGUCCGACUUUGACAAGCUGAAAGCCAUUCACCAACCACACUUUCACUACAAACUACUUCCCCUUCUGUGCACUGACUUUGAAGCGUUUUCUGCGCUUCAGGGAAUUUGUGCGAGCGCCAACUCACCCUUUACAAUAGAAGACCGCAAGGACCCUCAGGGGCUAACGCAUCGGCUCUCCAAUGGCUGUUCGGAGCGUCAAGCGUUGUGCGAAUUUUUUGACCCCCAUAUCGCACCAGCAGAGAAGCUUGUGCCGGUGUUCUCACGCAAACUCCCUAUUUCCGCCGUCGUAUUUGAUGGUUUGCUCCUCAAGCAAAACUAUCCUAAGGUGGCCGCAUUGCUCACAGUCCAUGAGGCCGCUUCAGAGAAAAGUAUAAUAGAACGUGCUAUCAUGAGAGACUUCUUUGUGUCACCGCUGUAUACCAAGGUGAGUGGUAACAGCGACGUGGCUCAGUCACUCCGCCUGGUGCAUCAUUGCACGCACUUCAUGGCUCUUAAGCGUGCGGUAGGUAGCGAUGCUCCCAGUAGGCAGUCACUAAUGCGACUCGCUGCGGAGAAGAAGUUGUUUAUGUACGAAAAAAUCGGCGACGAGUACCAAUUCGUUCACUGA